GAUCUCUUUACUCUCGUGCCGCAAACCACAUCAAACGCACACUCGCCGCCGCGCCUCUGUCUUUUUGUGCAAAACACAAGCAUUAAGAAAAUAUACGCUGCCUUGUGUUGCACAUCUUGCCUUGAUCGUCCAACAAGCUGCCGCAGACAUGUCCCUCUUCAAGACGCUUCACAUUGCACCUCGAUUUCCAUCCACAAUGCCAGCGCCCGCGGCCAAAUUCGCACCCACGUCGCCCACCUUCGGCGAUGAAAGCCAAGGCGGUCGGCUGCAGAGGAAAAUCCAGGAAGCGCCUCUUUUCCCCAUCGGAAUUGUCGGGUUACUCGGGGCUCUCGGCUACGGAGCCUACAGCUAUAAGAAGAGGGGCAACAUGUCGACAUCGGUGUUCCUCAUGCAGCUUAGGGUGACCGCUCAGGGUGCCGUGGUUGUCUGCUUGACCGCCGGAAUAGGAUACUCUCUCAUCAGAGAUUUCGUGCUUCCCAAGCUGAAAUCCGCGGAGCGCUAGAUGGCGUUCUCAACAAAUGACGAUUGAACGUGAUCGUGAGAAUGCAAACAACGUACUUGGACUGUGAUUCUUAAGAAGGGACUGAUACAUUAAAAUAAAUAAUAAAAGGGCUGGACCCAUUUGUACAAAUGUACAGAGAAGCGUUAAGCGUUCCUUAUUGAAUUUGUAUGUUACACGUGCGUUGUUUUAUGUAGUUAUGAAAUCGAACGAAACGCGGCCGACAAAGUCUAUUUUCGCCUCGUCGAGAGAGCAAUAAAUAUGUAUGUAUAAUGCCCCUGGCGGCUUGAUAAGCUGAAGAAUAACGAGCAACUGCGCCGCAGCAAAUUGAGAUUGACAAUCAGCCUCUCGAGCGUUUUUGAGACAUUAAAUGCCAGGAAUUGAAAAUCACGUCGCCGCGCAUUUGAAUAUUUCCUGCCAGCUGCGAGAUAAAGGGAAAAGGAGGCCUUUGCCGGGAACAAGCAACGCCACUCAAGGAUGAAUGAAAUUACCACAAAUCUGAAUAAAUUAAGCCCGAACAAUAGACUA